CAUUGCAAUAGUGUGACAACAAGAAAUCAAAAAUGUAUUAAGUUUCCUUAAACUUAAUUAAACAUAAUCGAGCAAUGAAUUUUUGUAAUUGAUUUCAAACUUUCAUUAAUUUUCCGAAUAUUCGUUUUAUUUAAAGGUUUUAUUACGUAAAGAUUUGGGUGUCUUUCAAUUUUGCCGAGUUCUCCGGCAGCUCAACGAUGGUGACUCGCUUAAGACUCGUUUCGAGAUCUUCUCGUUACGCCACCGUCAAGUUCACUGAGUCUUUCUCAGCAUCAUGCUCAUGUCGUCUCUUCUCAGCCUCCACCGACCCCGAAUCCGAAUCUCAACCCGCACAAGCCCCGCCUACGAAUCCCGUCACCGGAGACGAAGAGCGACACGAAAAGCUAAGGAAUCUCCGAGUUCUUCUCCAGCAGAAUCGAAUCGAAACGGCGCGUGGCGUUCUCUAUUCGCUGCUUCGAUCGGAUUCUGCGCCGUUCACAUCGCCGAAAGAACUCUUCUCUGCAUUCUCGCUAUCAUCUCCGUCGUUGAAACACGAUUUCUCCUACUUGCUUCUCUCCGUGCUACUAAACGAAUCGAAGAUGAUUUCUGAAGCUGCGGAUUUGUUCUUCGCUUUGAGGAAUGAAGGUAUUUUUCCCAGCUCAGAUUCGUUAACGCUUUUGCUUGAUCAUCUUGUGAAGACAAAACAAUUCAGAGUGACUAUAAACGUAUUUUUGAAUAUUCUGGAAUCGGAUUUUCGUCCGAGUAAGUUCAUGUAUGGGAAAGCAAUUCAAGCUGCUGUCAAAUUGAGCGAUGUAGGUAAAGGUUUAGAGCUGUUUAAUCGGAUGAAGCACGAUAGAAUCUCUCCCACUGUGUUUAUAUACAAUGUCCUUAUUGAUGGGUUAUGUAAAGUGAGACAGAUGAAAGAUGCAGAACAGUUGUUCGACGAAAUGCUUGCAAGAAGAUUGUUGCCUUCUUUGAUAACGUACAACACGUUGAUCGACGGAUAUUGCAAAGAUGGGAAUCCGGAAAAGAGUUUUAAAGUGAGAGAACGUAUGAAAGCGGAUAAUAUCGAACCGAGUCUUAUUACGUUUAAUACUUUGCUUAAGGGACUGUUUAAAGCUGGAAUGGUGGAAGAUGCAGAGAAUGUUUUGACGGAAAUGAAGGAUCAGGGGUUUGUACCAGAUGCUUUCACCUUCAGUAUUCUGUUUGAUGGUUAUUCGAGUAACGAUAAAGCUGAUGCUGCUUUGGGUGUUUAUGAGACUGCGGUUGAUUCUGGCCUGAAAAUGAAUGCUUAUACUUGUAGCAUAUUGCUGAAUGCGUUGUGCAAAGAGGGACAGAUAGAGAAGGCGGAAGAGAUUUUGGGGAGAGAGAUGGCUAAGGGGCUUGUCCCGAAUGAGGUUCUUUAUAACACGAUGAUUGAUGGAUACUCUCGGAAAGGUGAUCUAGUUGGAGCUCGGAUGAAAAUCGAUGCCAUGGAGAAACAAGGGAUGAAGCCAGAUCAUUUGGCAUACAAUUGUUUGAUUAGGACAUUUUGUGAAUUGGGGGAUAUGGAAAAUGCUGAGCAAGAGGUUAACAAAAUGAAACUGAAGGGAGUUUCUCCUAGCGUGGAGACAUAUAACAUCCUGAUUGGGGGCUAUGGGAGAAAGUAUGAAUUUGAUAAGUGCUUUGACCUUCUUAAAGAAAUGGAAGACAACGGGACGAUGCCGAAUGUUGUUAGCUAUGGAACUCUGAUAAAUUGUUUGUGCAAAGGUUCUAAACUUCUUGAAGCUCAGAUUGUUAAGAGGGAUAUGGAAGACAGAGGGGUUUCACCGAAUGUAAGGAUAUAUAACAUGCUAAUCGAUGGUUGUUGCUCAAAGGGGAAGAUAGAAGACGCUUUCCGGUUCUCUGAGGAGAUGUUCAAAAAGGGAAUAGAAUUAAAUCUGGUGACUUAUAACACCCUCAUUGAUGGGUUGUCCAUGAACGGGAAAUUAGCAGAAGCUGAAGACAUGCUUCUAGAAAUCUCAAGAAAGGGUCUCAAACCAGAUGUAUUCACGUAUAACUCACUAAUAUCUGGAUACAGAUUUGCUGGAAACGUGCAAAGAUGUAUCGCGCUGUAUGAAGAGAUGAAGACAUCAGGAAUAAAACCCACUCUGAAGACAUAUCAUCUUUUGAUCAGUUUGUGCACCAAGGAGGGGAUAGAGCUCACAAAGAAAAUAUUUGGAGAGAUGUCGUUGCAACCAGACUUAUUAGUUUACAAUGGUGUUCUCCAUUGCUACGCCGUACAUGGAGAUAUGGAUAAGGCUUUUAAUUUGCAGAAGCAGAUGAUUGAAAAGAGUAUUGGUUUGGAUAAGACAACCUAUAACAGCUUGAUUCUGGGACAACUGAAGGUAGGAAAACUGUGUGAGGUUAGGAGUUUGAUUGACGAGAUGAAAGCCCGGGAAAUGGAACCUGAAGCUGAUACAUAUGACAUAAUAGUGAAGGGGCAUUGUGAGAUGAAGGAUUAUAUGGGAGCAUAUGUUUGGUACAGAGAGAUGCAAGAGAAAGGUUUGCUAUUAGAUGUUUGCAUAGGCGAUGAGCUAGUGAGUGGGCUUAAAGAAGAAUGGAGGUCAAAGGAGGCAGAGAAUGUCAUUUCUGAAAUGAAUGGUCGCAAGCUAGGUGAUGUAAUAGUGGAUGAGGAUCUAUCUGCAACAGAGAGAAGCUUUGAAAAUCAAGAAUGUGUGCUUCAAGAUAAAUACUUUUGACUCUGAGUUAGGCUUUAGGUUGUUGAUUUGAAUAUUAACAAUGGUCCAUUUGUUCAAGUUUUUUUUCUUACGUGAUUCAACUAUUUUGUAUCAUA